AUGUCCUCAAAAUACGACUUCGUAAAGGAUCUUAAUCCGACGAAAGAAGAGUGGAGGAUUAAAGUGCGUGUAGUUAGGUAUUGGAAGGUUCCCAGUUUUUAUCAAAAAGAUUUUGAUGACAAUGUGGAUAUGGUUUUGGUCGACGAACGAGGUGGAAGGAUCCAUGCUACGGCCAAGGGUACUUUGCAGGUUCGGAAGAAAAUUCAUGAGGGUGAUGCUUAUUUUAUAAAAAAAUUUGGAGUUGGGUUGAAUACGGGACGUAAUGCUGAAACCCAUGUUAUUUGUUGUGUAGACGUCAUUGGUUUGCUGUCUGGAAUUGGGGAAGUACGUGAACAUGUCAUCUCUGGUAGGAAUACAAAAAUGGUUGUCGUGGAGCUUGAAAACCUGAGGGGUCAGAAACUUGAAUGCACUUUGUGGGAGUCAUACGUAGACGAGGUCCAAACUUUCUUAGCAAAGAAUCAGAGUGCUCAAAAUGUUAUAAUACUUCAGCUUGCAAGGAUAAACAGUUUUAGGGGAAAGAUUGGAAUAGCUAAUACAAAGUAUACAACGAAAAUUCUUUUUGAUUCCAAUAUACCUGAGAUCGUAGAGUUCAAAAAAAGGCUUUCCGGUGAUCUGAUGGAAAGUAGUCAGAUGUUGACUCAGUUGUCCAGCCCAUCUUCAUAUUCUUAUGAAAAUGAUUUUCUCAAGGAUACAGGGAGGAAAUUUCUUACUGAUAUUAAGAAUUGCAUAGAUGCUACUACUUGCAUUACUUAUGGAACUGUAAAAUCCAUCGAAAGUAAAUACAACUGGUGGUACAAGUCCUGUAAGAAAUGUCCAUAUUCAGUGUGCGAAGAUUUUGAGAAAUGGUAUUGUAAGAACUGUCAGAAACAUUGGAAUGAAUAUACUCCGAAGUUCAGUGUUCAAGUCAGAGUUGUUGAUAACACGGAUUCUGCUUCUUUCGUACUAUUUGAUAGAGACUGUCUUUCUUUAUUAGGAGUGAGUGCUGCUGAAUUGCGCGAGCAACAUUUUAAGCGGGGUGCAAAUUUAGAACAUUAUCCGGAAGAGUUGAACGUUCUUAAAGAUAGAUCUAUGUUGUUUAAAGUGAAUGUCAAAAUUAGCAAUUUGAACUCAUACAGUGAGCCAAAAUAUCAUGUGGCCAAAGUUUGCAUCAGUGAAAGUAUUAUCACAUCAUUUCUGAAGACCACGGUGGACCCAAAUGAUGAUUCUGUAUUUGACAGUCCUUCUGAUGAUAAUAUUAUGUCGAUAGGGUCAGGAAAAGCUGUGGAUGUUCAGAGUCAAACCUGUGAUAGUACUGAUGAUGCUGAAUAA